AUGGAUAUAGGAACUGCCGCUGCUGCUCUCUUCGGGGGAGCUACAGUCGCAGGAUAUCUGAAUGCCAAGUUUCACAUCCAGAAGGAUGUAUCGACAUUGGCCACGGUGAAGAACGCAGAACGACAGUAUGCCAAUGCCAGUAUGGUUGGUCAAAAUGAAGGGAAUCCAUGGUUUGUCUUCCUACGGACCGUGAAGCAAUACCCCGACAUGACCUGUCUUUGGACUCGCGAGAUAUCAUACACCUACCAAGAAGUGCAAGAUCAAGCCUGCCAAUAUGCCCAUUUCUUUCUAUCACAGGGCGUGAAAAAAGGUGACCUCGUCGCUCUUUACCUCCAGAAUAGCGACGAAUACAUCAUCGCGUGGCUAGCCCUCUGGAGCAUUGGCUGUGCCCCCGCCGCGAUAAAUUACAACCUCACUGGCGAUGCAUUACUGCAUUGUUUGAAGAUCAGCGAUGCGGCCAUUCUCCUUGUUGACAAAGAUGCAGACUGUCGUGCCCGCGUUGAAGAAAGCCACGACGCUAUCACGAACAAUCUGGGAAUGAAGCUGAUGACCCUGGAUAUCUCCCUGAAGGCGCAUAUCAGCACAUUCCCAACAGCCCUGCCACCCAAGGAGCUGGGUAAGCAUGUAGCCGGCGACUACCCGGCGAUUCUCCUAUACACAUCUGGCACAACGGGUAUGCCAAAGGGCUGUGCUUUUACCAUGUCCAGGCUCUAUAUCGCUCUCUUCAUCCGCCGUGACUCGGUGAGAGACAAGGUCGGCCCAGCCGGUGAUCGCUGGUAUAGCUGUAUGCCCUUGUACCAUGGCACAGCGGCCAUUUCCCUGAUCUCAUGUCUGGUAAUGGGUAUAAGCAUUGCCAUCGCGCCCAGGUUUAGCGUCAGUAGAUUCUGGACAGAUGUCCGUGACUCGGAGUCGACUGUUUUCGUGUAUGUCGGAGAGACUGCACGGUAUUUGCUUGCGCCGCCUCCAUCGCCCCAAGAUCGAAAUCAUAAGGUCCGAUGUAUGUACGGUAACGGUCUGCGGCCGGAUAUAUGGAAGCGGUUCCAGGAGCGGUUUGGAAUCGCUGAAGUUGGGGAGUUCUUUAAUAGCACAGAAGGUGUCUUCGGUCUCUUCAACUUUAACAGUGGUCCUUUCACCUCUGGAAGUGUCGGGCACCAUGGUUUGAUUAUGCGGGGUUUGCUACAUAAUGUCUUUGUUCCUGUUGCCAUUGACCCGGAGACGGGCGAUAUCCUGCGAGAUUCCAAGACUGGCUUUGCGGUUCGCGCGUCUUAUGACCAGGGAGGGGAAAUUAUCGUCAACGUUCCCGGCGAAGAGGCUUUCCAGGGGUACUGGCACAAUGACGAUGCCACCAAUAAGAAAUUUCUGCGUGAUGUCUUCAAGAAGGGAGAUCUCUAUUAUCGAUCUGGAGAUGCCCUGCGCCGGCAGAGCGAUGGCCGUUGGUACUUCCUCGACCGACUUGGGGAUACUUUCCGCUGGAAGAGUGAAAACGUAGCAACCGCCGAAGUUUCAGAGGUUCUAGGUCAAUUCCCUGGUAUCACCGAAGCCAAUGUCUACGGCGUCCGUCUUCCCAAUCACGAGGGACGCGCUGGGUGUGCAGCAAUUCAAAUCAGCCCGGAUGCCCGCCAGGCAUUUGAUUACACGGCGCUUGCAAGAUUUAUACGUUCCAGGCUGCCAAAAUAUGCUGUUCCGCUAUUCCUUCGCAUUGUCGAGAAUCCCACGCACAUACACAACCAUAAGCAAAACAAGGUACCCCUUCGUGACGAGGGUGUGGAUACUGCUUUGAUUGGGACUAAAGCCCCUGGGGGUAAAGAUGACCAUUUCUUGUGGAUUGCGCCUGGUGAUGACAGUUAUUCACCGUAUGGACAGAAAGAAUGGGAGAAAUUGUCGACUGGGAGUGUUCGAUUGUGA